AGCAACACUGCAGAAAAAAUGCAAAUGGCACCAAAACCUCAAGGCGACUUGGUGCCUUUUAUAGGCUUUAAACCAAAAUUCUCCAGAAGCCACGAACGCUAAACCCCUCGGCCAUCAGAAGUUAUCCAGUCUCUCUUUUCACGGUUUCUUCAGUCUCCAACCCUUCACGCCACGCUUAGUAUCCAAUUCCUGUAAGAUCCCCUAUAUCCUACUACUUGUUUUUCCCGUGACAGCAUUGAAUUUACCGUUCUUUCUUUCUUUCCCCAAUAAAUGUGCAAAUAACCGUUCAUAUAUGCUUCUCCAAUCCUGUGGACGAUCAUCCUGAUAAUUGUUCGACCUGCCAUCGAUAAAACUCUGAUAAGAAGACUUGGGUUUUAAGGAAAAUGGAGAUGGGGCUGGUUACGUUGCUGAGAGUAGCAUGGAUUGCAGGGACUUUGCCAAUUCUGGUAGCUUCUAUACCCUGCUCUAAGCUCAAUUGGUUUCACGAUUUCUUGCUGGGGUUUGCCAGGCGAGGCAAGACUAUGCAGCAAUCAUCUUCUAGAAAAUUCACUGUCCCGCAGAAGUUCUUCUGUCACUUUUAUGCAUUGGCUGUUAUUUGGACAACGUUCUUGCUGUUAGCAACAUGGCUUUACGCAUACAAUAUGGCACUAUUGGUCUCCCAGCCACUGCACUUUUCUAGUAUUACCAGCUAUCUCACUGGGGGUUCACAUAGCUUUUGGUUGCAUGGAUCUCCUUCGAUGAAGAUAGAACAGAGAUACAGAUGUUGGGUAUCUAUUUUUCUGCUUUUGUUAAUGGAAGCUCAAGUGCUGAGACGCCUUUAUGAAACGAUAUAUGUCUUUAAGUACAGUCCUUCAGCUCGGAUGCACAUUUUUGGUUAUUUCACAGGCCUAUUUUUCUAUACAGCAGCGCCAUUGUCACUUUGCUGUAAUUACGUGUCAGAGGUAUUCCUAUUUGCCUCAAAUCUGAUUCAAGAACUAAUAGUUAAAGGGAAGGACCGCAUGCAAUUCGGUGAAUAUAGUUGGUGGGGAUUUGUCGGCCCUCUCUUAAAACUUAAAUGGCAUGCUUGGUUAGGUGCAGCUAUUUUCCUUUGGGGUUCGGUUCAUCAGCACCGCUGUCAUGCGAUUCUUGGUUUAGUGCGGGAUAACUCAGAGCAGAUUGAGGACUACAUAAUUCCUUAUGGUGAUUGGUUCAAAUAUGUUUCAAGCCCUCAUUAUCUGGCUGAGAUUGUAAUAUAUGGUGGUCUUCUGGUUGCUGGUGGAUGUUCAGACAUUACGCUAUGGUUGCUUUUUGGAUUUGUCGUGGCGAAUCUUGUUUUUGCAGCCGCUGAAACACACAGGUGGUAUCUGAGAAAGUUUGACAACUACCCUAGAGAGCGUUUUGCCAUAAUUCCAUCAUUUUAUUGAGGCGCUCUCAAGUUAAGGAUCGGAUUUAGGAAGAUAGAAUAGCUCGAUUCUCUCUAGUGACAUGAUCGGACAAUUUUUAUGUUACUCUCUGUAACAGCAGUGAAGAUGGUUAGCUGGUUCAGCAUGUAGAGUCCAGCUGGUGUAUGUAUAAGUAAGCUUCUUAUUAUAUGUAGCGGCUUCUUGUGCUUUGUACCCACCAUUUGAAUCACUGGAAACAUUUCUAGUUGGAGCAUUGUUCUAUUGUGCAUUAUGAAAUGAGAUGUGCAGACACUCUAGAUUUGGAUUGUGCAGUUCACAACAGUGGAGGUUAGCACUAGUACCUGGUGAUACAACCAUUGGCCGUUUAAGAGUGGCUACUACUCCCAUCCAUUGUUAUCCUAAUUGUAUAGCCUGCAAGUUGCUAUUGGUCAGCUCGACGUGGCAUUGCAGUUGGGCGAAGAUGUGAAAGCUUGUUUUGAUCGUGAAAAA